ACCGAGAAAAGAAGAUACUUGAAAGAAAACCCUAUCGAUGAAACUUCCGGUGACCUCCUCUACACGCGCCGUGUACCUCCUCCGUCGUGUCCCGUUCUCCUCCACAUCUACGCUUCUACAUACUCCUCCAGAAGCAGAAUCUUACCCAUCUCAUCUUCCACAUCACUUACUCUCAAUUCUCUCCAAACCCAAUUGGCAAAACAAUCCCUCUCUCAAUUCCUUUCUUCCCGCCAUAACCCCUUCCCAUGUCUCCUCACUCUUCUCUCUCAAUCUCGAUCCUCACACAGCUCUUCAAUUCUCGUAUUGGAUCUCACAGACGCCGAAUUUCAAACACAAUGUAGAUUCUUAUGCAUCUCUUCUCACUCUCAUCGAUCACUCUAAAAUUGUCUGUGACGUGCCUAAGAUCAUAGUGUCAAUGAUUAAGUGUUGCUAUUCAGCGCCAGACGCUUUGUUUGUUUCUGACAUCUGUCGGAAAAUGAGUAAAGACGAUAUUACCAAGCUUACUCUCAAAUGCUAUAACGAAUUGUUGACUCUGUUGGCUAGAUUUGGUUUGGUUGAUGAAAUGAAUCAACUUUAUACUGAGAUGUUGGAGAAUUUCGUUUCUAUGGAUAUGUACACGUUUAAUUUGAUGAUUAAUGUGUAUUGUAAGAUGGGAUUUGUGAAAGAGGCGAAGCAGUUUAUGUGUAAGAUGAUUCAAGCUGGAUUCUGUCCUGAUUAUUUCACAUCUACAUCUUUUAUUCUCGGGUAUUGUAGAAGUAAAGAUGUCGAUUCGGCUUUUCGGGUUUUUCAAGAGAUGCCUAAUAGAAAUGAGGUUUCUUACAAUCAGCUUAUACAUGGUCUUUGUGAAGCUGGGAGGAUCGAUGAAGCUGUGAGCUUGUUUGUGAGAAUGAAGGAUGAUUUUUGUUAUCCGAAUGUUUAUACGUAUACUGCGUUGAUUAAAGGACUUUGUAGGAAGAAUGUGCAUAAGGCAAUGGGACUUCUUGAUGAGAUGUUAGAGCGUAAUUUGGUUCCGGAUUUGAUUACUUAUAAUUCGUUGAUUGCUGGACAGUGUAGAGCUGGUCAUUUGGAUAGUGCUUAUAGGUUGCUUAGUUUGAUGAAAGAAAGAGGAUUGGUUCCAGACCAGGGGACUUAUGGGUGUUUCAUUGAUUUUCUGUGUAAAAGUAAGCGGGUAGAAGAAGCCCGUCGCUUGUUUGAGUCUCUCACGAAGGAAGGAGUGAGUGCGAAUGUAAUCAUGUACUCUGCUCUGAUUGACGGAUACUGCAAAGCUGGGAAAGUGGACGAUGCUGGUUGUUUGUUUGAGAAAAUGCUGAGUAAGAAUUGCUCGCCGAAUGCUUAUACUUUUAAUGCCCUGAUUCAUGGGCUAUGCAGAGUUGGAAAUUUGAAAGAGGCCUUGUCACUGUUUGAUCAGAUGGUGAAGAUGGGUCUAAAGCCUACAGUCUACACAUAUAAUAUUCUGAUUGGAAGAAUGCUAAAACAAGGAGAUUUUGAUGAUGCCCAUAAAUGUCUUCAAAAAAUGAUGUCCUCUGGAGAGAAGCCUGUUGCACGUACUUACAACACGUUUAUCGAGGCGUAUUGUAGUGCAGGAAAAGUGCAAGUAGCGGAGGAUAUGAUGGUGCAGAUGAAGGAAGAAGGUGUUCCUCCAGAUGAUUUCACUUAUACAUCACUGAUCAAAGCUUAUGGAAAACUAGGACUGACAUAUUCUGCAUUUGAUGUUCUGAAGCGCAUGUUCGAUGCUGACUGUGAACCUUCUCACCAUACAUUUUUAUCUCUGAUCAAACAGCUCUUCGAGAAGAAAUAUGUAGUAGAUAAAAGUGGUGAAACAGGUAUAGAGUUGGUGUCUAAUAUUGGGGAUGUGUCGGGUAGUAAUAUGUGGAAGGUGAUGGAGUAUGAUAUUGUUAUCGAACUCUUUGAGGAGAUGGCAAAACAUGGGUGUACACCUGAUGCGAAAUGCUAUGAGAAGCUCAUAUCGGGUAUCUGUAAAGUCGAGAAUCUAGGAAUAGCACUGAAGCUGUUGGAUCAGAUGCAAAAAGAAGGAAUAUCUCCAAGUGAGAUGAUUUUUAAUGCAGUGAUUAGCUGUUGCUGCAAGCUACAAAAGUAUGGAGAAGCUGCAAAUAUUGUUGAAGAUAUGAUAUGCAGUGAUCACUCACCGCAGUUAGAGCAUUGCAAAACGUUGAUUUGCGGGCUAUAUGAAAAAGGAGAAAGAGAGAGAGGAUAUUCAGUUUUCAAGAAGCUUCUUGGGUGUGGUUACAACGAUGAUGAAAUAGCUUGGAAAAUCCUCAUUGAUGGUAUGCUCAAGCAGGGACUUGUAGAAGAAUGUUCUCAACUGUUCCAAGAAAUGGAAAAAAAUGGUUGCAAUAUCAGUCCUCGAACACAUUCAAUACUUACUCAGAAGCUUCACGGAAAAGACUGAUGCAGAGGAGCCUUAUUUUCUUGCUGUUGAUUACGUUUAUGUUCUUAAAUUCGUUUCUAAGUGUUGCUAUAAAUUACGUAGCUAUGUAAAUAGGCACAAGAAAGCUUGUUUAAGUAG